UUUGGGGGAUCAACUGCAGGUAGGUGCUGUCUGACAGACUGAGUAUCUGACACAUAUUGCUGUCAAUGAGUCGCUGCCCAGGGGACAUUAGCAACAACUGGUAUUUCAAUUAGACUACAACAGAGGAUCCCAAGAACAGCUGCAAAUACCCACUGACCAUCCCCCCAUCACACUACAGCCAGAGAGAGCUGUUGUACUGUAUUUUGUCUGUGAAAGCUUUGACUAAAUAUUUAACAGUUGUGGUGGCAUUGUCUAUGAUGUGGAAUGUACAUUAGGCUUACUGUCAUUGUACAGCCCAGAUGUGAAAAGAUGCAUUGUAAAAAAUGACAGAGACGCUAGUGUGAAACAAGUGUACAGCUGUAGGCACACAUCUCCUUAGAAUAUCAUGCCUGCACUGACAUUUGUUCUGGUACUAUGCUGAGAAUGUAUCAACAGUGUCCUGGGCUCAUUUGACAUUUUUUAAAGGUACAUUUACAGUGUGGAAUUACAGUGAAGUGAAAUUAUUAGGAGUAUGCACAGGCCUUUUUUCAUUCCACUUGGACUAUGCAAUUACUUGCCAGAGCUCUGUUUCUAGAGUAGAGACCAUAGUGCCUAUUUCAUUGACAUUGGCAUCAAAUUGAAAAACAGACGUUUCAUAAGUGUGACUGUAUUUCCAUAUCUGAUCUCACUGGUAUUUGAAUAAUCCAGAUCUAAUUUCCUGAAUUCUAUGAAGGUAUAAUGAGAGAUAACUAGGGAGCAGUUUGAGUAAUACGAACUGGUAGUUGUUGGCAGCAGAGGGCGCCCCAACGCAAUGAUUAUUAGACCGCAGUGUCAACGCGAGAAAUCAUUGAUUGAAUUCCAAAAUCUUUGAUUCAAUCGCACUGAUGAUGAUGAUGAUGAUCUUCACAAAACUUUGUCCCACAAUACAAUGUACACAUUUUCCGUGUAUUGAGCAGUUAUUUUUCUAUUAGUCUAUCGUCUCAACUAUAGAAGUAUCUAACAUUUGGUAUUCGUGUAGGCAUGUAUGUUAAUUGGGCACACACUUUUCUAAAGAACUGAUGCAGUUGUCAAUUAAAACAUCACAUUUUUCCAUCCCUAUCAUGUGAAGUAGGCCUACUUCAUCCCUCCAUCUAUUGAUGAACAUUCAUUAUGGGCAGCCAUGUCUUGACCCAAAAUUAAUCUAGUGUCAUGGAAAUACCUCUUAACGCAAUAGUCUCGCAACCUCAAUAAUCUUCUAAAUGCCAAGCCUACUGACUUUAUGGCUACGGUACCUGUUUACAAUCCCCUGUUCCUCACUACUAGUAGCAUCCUCCCAUUCUAUUGGCUGGUGGUGUUGUCAAUCACUCCACUGGUCCCGUUAGUUUCAUUGUGGCCCUGCAAAGACAACGCCAUCAUACCCCAUACUCAGCAGCUAUAGCGAGUGGGGCAGCUCGAAUAUCACACAGGAUUUAUGUAGGCUAUAAGGUUAUUAUUGUCACAAAAACAUCAAGCGUCUCAUCUUCAACUGCAAUGGAAUACAUUCGUCCGGUUAAUUAGACGCCUUCGAAUCGGGCCUCUGUUUUCGCAGUACACAAAGCAAUGUGGAGCAAAUAAAGAUCCUGAUACACUGAAACCAGAGUCCUCUCUCACUUUCUCUCUCUGUCUCUCUCUCUCUCCCUUUCUCCAUGCUGGAAGCUAAAGCUCUGUGCAGGUCAGCCCAGAAAAUCACCCUACCAAAUAUAGAUAAUGGGCUGUGUACAAUGCAAGGAUAAAGAAGCAACGAAACUCACGGACGACCGAGACACCAGCAUCUCCCAGAGUGCCACAGGCUUCCGCUAUGGCGCCGAUCCCACGCCGCAGCACCAGCACUAUCCCAGCUUCGGGGUCACCGCCAUCCCCAACUUCAACAACUUCCAGGCGCCUGUCGGCCAGGGAAUGACCGUCUUCGGAGGGGUCAACACCUCCUCCCACACCGGGACCCUACGCACCCGUGGCGGAACAGGAGUCACCCUCUUUGUGGCACUUUAUGACUAUGAGGCGCGGACAGAGGACGACCUCAGCUUCAGGAAAGGGGAGAGGUUUCAGAUUAUCAACAGCACUGAAGGGGACUGGUGGGAUGCUCGUUCCCUCACCACCGGUGGAAAUGGUUACAUCCCCAGUAAUUACGUGGCUCCAGUGGACUCCAUCCAGGCUGAGGACUGGUACUUUGGGAAACUAGGCCGGAAGGAUGCAGAGAGGCAGCUGCUGUUCACUGGUAACCCCCGUGGCACCUAUCUCAUCAGAGAGAGCGAAACUACAAAAGGUGCCUUCUCCCUGUCCAUACGAGACUGGGAUGACGUGAAGGGGGACCACGUGAAGCAUUAUAAGAUCCGUAAGCUGGACAGCGGCGGUUACUACAUCACCACCAGGGCUCAGUUUGAGACCCUACAGCAGCUGGUACAGCACUACUCAGAGCGGGCAGCGGGGCUGUGUUGUCGCUUGGUAGUGCCCUGCCACAAAGGGAUGCCCCGCCUCACCGACCUGUCCGUCAAAACCAAAGACGUGUGGGAGAUCCCACGGGAGUCACUGCAGCUCAUCAAGCGUCUGGGGAAUGGGCAGUUUGGGGAGGUCUGGAUGGGAACGUGGAACGGCACCACUAAGGUGGCGGUGAAGACUCUGAAGCCGGGCACCAUGUCUCCUGAGUCCUUCCUGGAAGAAGCUCAGAUCAUGAAGAAGCUCCGGCAUGACAAGCUGGUGCAGCUCUACGCUGUGGUGUCUGAGGAACCCAUCUACAUCGUCACUGAGUACAUGGGCAAAGGAAGCCUCCUGGAUUUCUUGAAGGAUGGGGAGGGACGAGGACUGAAGCUGCCCAAUCUGGUUGACAUGGCAGCCCAAGUGGCAGCAGGCAUGGCGUACAUCGAGAGGAUGAACUACAUUCACAGAGAUCUGCGCUCGGCUAACAUCCUGGUCGGGGACAACCUGGUGUGUAAGAUCGCCGACUUCGGAUUGGCCAGGCUGAUUGAGGACAAUGAGUACACAGCACGGCAAGGUGCUAAAUUCCCUAUUAAGUGGACAGCACCGGAGGCUGCGCUGUUUGGGAAGUUCACCAUCAAGUCAGAUGUGUGGUCGUUCGGCAUCCUGCUCACUGAGCUGGUCACCAAGGGACGGGUACCCUACCCAGGGAUGAACAACCGGGAGGUGCUAGAGCAGGUGGAGCGAGGCUACAGGAUGCCCUGUCCCCAGGACUGCCCCAUCUCCCUCCACGAGCUCAUGGUGCAGUGUUGGAAGAAGGACGCCGAGGAGAGGCCCACCUUCGAGUACCUGCAGGCCUUCCUGGAGGACUACUUCACGGCCACGGAGCCGCAGUACCAGCCAGGGGACAACCUCUAAACGCUGGGCUGGGAACAGGACUGGACUGAACCGUAGCUCUCUGGAGCCCCACCAGGGACCAGGGACCUGUACAUCUUCCUCAACUUAACAGAGCAUCUUGUCUCAACUCUCCUCACUCUCUGUGGCUGACCCUGUAACUCAACAGGCUGGAUACCAGAGGUUUUGUGUGAGGGAAAGUGGGGUUUGAUCUAGCUGGGGCUGGGUUAAAUAGGUUGGGCGUGUAUGGGUUAUGAAGGAGGGAGGGAGAGGGGAAGGGAGGGAGAUUUGGGUGUGGUUGGGUUUGUGAUGAUGCAAUGAAAUGCCUGUAUUCAAUGUAAAUAUGAACAGCUUGUUUGCUUAACUUUUGGGCUUUAUUUUGUUGGUUUGUUUGUUUGACAUAUUUCUCCAGCACAAUAAUGAUGAUGACGAUGAGAAUAAAGAAAUUAUGACCAUUUCAAAAGUGCACCAUGAGACCAAUAUCUCAAGUUAUCUGGUCUCUUCCAAUCCAGAUUCUCUUCCAAUCCAGAUUCUCUUCCAAUCCAGAUUCUACAGGACAUUCCUUUCUUUGCAAAGUCAUCUGUUUUACCGACUAGGCUAGCAUGACAAAGUAGUCCGUUUUUCUAGCAAUGCUUCUUAUGAAGUAAGUUUGAUAUGAUUCAUCAAUGUGAGAUAGCUUUGUCCUCCUCAUAAUAAUAGAUGUUGGGCUAAUGCUGUAACAAAGUUAUUUUACAAAUAAUGUAUGUUACAUUUUGUAAUUGCAGCCAAACGUGUAAGAAUUAUACUUUUGAACAUAUCUCUUCUCGCUUACCAGAUUUUAAGAAAAGUAAAUAACGGGGGAAAAUCUAUCUUUCCAGGUAUUAUUUAGUGUGUACUGGAAGGGCAUACCGUUUAUUUAAGAAGAGAAAGAUGUAUGUCGACAUUUAAUGGUCAUAUUUGAACUUGUAUGCAGAGUUCCAUUUUAACAGCCAUUCCAAGGCAUCCAUCUCAUGGACCAUGUUUCCUCCAUGAUGUGUAGCCAUGUACUGGGAAGUCUUAGUGGGUAAUGUCUCUUCCUCCCUCUGUGAACAGUGACAUGUCCCCCAUCCACCUCAUGUCCCACCCUAUAGGUCUGUCUGUAUGCAGUACAGCACCGCCAGUAGGAUCCGUUCUCAGCUCAUUUCUGGACCACUUCCUUUGGAUUACUUUACCUUUAUGUUUAAACUGACAUGGAUAUUUUAAGUCUUGUGUCUUUUGUUUCAGAGUAUGUUUUAUUGAACCUUAAUUGCUAGAUCUUUGAGGAAUGGGUUGUACUGUAUCUUCAAGGGGAAUGUUGAAAGACACUGGUGAAACGUCCAGCUGUAAAGCUUGACCUUGUUUUGUCUCAAUGUAGUAUUUGUUCUUAUCUUAAGACGGUUAAAGUGAUAAUCGGGAUCUGUUUAAGAUUGAACCCCAUCGUUGUUUUACAGUUUUACAACUUAAUGGUUUUAAAAAUGUCAGUAAUCCUCAGAGUUUAUUUCUUCCAUUUUCCAUUUUUUUACAUUUCUGUUUUGUUAAUUCAGUGGUUUGGCAUUUGAAAUUCAAAAAGAACAAUAAACAUUUUACACUCUU